CUCUCUCGGUGCAACCCGAUACCAGGUCGAGCCGAUAUGCAUGAUCCGCUUUCCUAGAAGCGAUCUUAAAAGUCGAGUCGAACGCGCAGUGCCUUGUGCUAAUUCCGGGGGAGGCUGUUCGAUUGGACGAUAUGGGGGGCAACAUGCUAUUCGCGAUGAAGUUCCGGCAUGGAACGGGGGCUUGAUGUCUUGCGAAAUUUUACCUGGUGAAGCCGCAGCCGAUUCUCCGCGCUACCGUGGAUUCUGAUCCCGAUGACCCCGAACGGUCGAGAGACUCGUAUCAUUUAAUGACGGGGGAACGAUCGUACAAACCGGAUUUCGUCAUCGCCCAGCUGCUGACUAUCCGCUACAAAUCCAGGUCAAUGACCAAGAACAGAAGUCGCUGUAUCUUUGCCGAUUCGGGCAGUGGAAACUCAGGGCUGGGGAAUGGUGAUCUUGUCCCAUCGCUCGCCCAGGGGAGCAUAGCCCAUCCAUAAUUGGGUACGUGGCGAACUUGAACAUAUCCUCGGGCAUAUCAAGAAUUUCCUUGACAGUCCAAUCCUGCCAGCGAGGGAAUUCUGACGGGUGACGAACAUGUAACGCGUUCUCCCGUUCUUAGUCACCCUGAGGCGGCCCUCGCUGUCCGGUGCAGUACGGGGUG